AUGGAAUCACGACGCAGCUGGGCCGGGCAAGACAUAGAAUCCUGUGCUCUUGUGUUCAAAGAGACAUUGAAAAUUGAAGAGCGAGGAGUACCUGAAGGUCAGGAAGAUCCUCCUGUGGUCAAGUCCACUUUGAAUUUAAGGAACUCUGUGGGUCAAUCCUGGCCCAACCUCUUCAGAGCUAUUAGCGAACGUGAUCUCCGCCUGGCCAAAAGAGAAGUCUUUCAACAUGGAGAUGAAGGACUCACCAGUGCCCUAGUCAGUUAUAUUUCCUGGAAAAUUCAGCCACUCAUAUCAUUCUUUUCUCUUCUCACAACUUCCCGACUAGCUGGUCUUUCUCAGGAAAUGGGAGAAGAAGAACCCUUGCACAUUCAACUGGUGAUACGUUGGGUGAGGAUUCAUUCAUUGGAUGAGGAUGGAGACAUCAUCAAGGAGGGGCCAAUGUAUAUCAGACUUCCAUCCACCCCCAUUAUUGAACCGUGGCCUCUUGCCUAUUUGGAAAUACGCCAUGGACACUUGGUCAUAAGCCAGAAUGCAAGGCAUACACCAUUGUAUUCCCUUUCCCUUUCACACAUCAAUGAUGUUCAUGCCUCAGAUGAAGGGAUUCUGAAGUUGAAGACAUCACUGGGUGUUCUGAGUCUGUCUCCCUAUUGUGAGCCUCAGUCUGAUGCUGGCUCUCAUGUGGCUGAGUGGCUUCAGGCAUUCCAGUCAUGUUUGAACCAGGAAUCCUCAGAGGAAAAACAGAAGCUUAUGGAGAAAGGGCAGGAUGAAGGUUCUGCUUUACUGCUUGUGUAUCCUUCCUUGCUUGUCAUGACCUCUGCCAUUCCACCAUGGAAGACCUUGGCUCGAAACAAGAUAAUUCUUCUUGAGAAAAUCUCAGUUUCUCGCACAUCUGACCCCCUUUGCUGUACUUUGGUAUGGGCUGGAGAAGAGAUUAAUGAAGAAAGCAAUGGUGGAGAUUGGGUUCUCCAUCUCCCAUCAAGUAGUGCCUUACAGAACCUUUUAGCAACCCUUCCACAUCUCCAUGAUUCAUUCGAGAAGUCAAUGGAGGACAAGGGUUCACUGUGAUUCUAACAUGCUGGUGGCUACAUGAGCAGAGACAUUAGUUUUACAGGUAUGGUGUGUUUUACAAUAGCAGUUUUGCCAAGUUGUGAUAAUGUGUACUCCUGCCUCAGGAGCAUCCUCUUUUGUGAAUUUCACCAAAUUUUUUAAUUAUAAAUUUACUUAUUGUAAGCCAAGUUUAAGUUCACUCAGUGCAGCAUUGUCUUGGUUGCUUUUUUGUGAUGUUAUCCUCUCUUUUUAUCAGGUGGAUAGGAUGGAGUUCCCAUCAUAUGAUUGGCCUUACCCUAACUGUGCAUGUUAUGGGCUUCUUUAGGUUUCAGCAGAGGGAUAUCCAAUAUUUUAUAGUUAAUGGGCCAAUGUAAGAAUGGCCAGAACCACUUGAUGUGGAUAUGUGCAAUUUUUUUUUGCCUUACCUGACCUUUUUAGAUCCCUGGUCCAAUAUGUUGGUCAUUUUCCCAUGAAUUUUCAGCAGUUAUCUGUAACAUUUUUACAGACUUGCUGCAUGCCUUAUUAACACAAGUAUACAUGGGAAUUAAAAAAAAUUAAAUUUGACUGAAUAUUUGGAGCUAUGAGAUUAGGAACAUUAUAUGAUAUCAUAACAACCACCAAAGAGGUUCUGUUGAGGAUAAUUAGGUUUUCUUCAUAGUUUGCGAUAGCUGAGAAAUAUCCCUCAUGGAAGGCAUAGUCAAAAACAAAAGCACACACCAGUAUGCCUGUGGAAAUGUAAUACCAAAGCAGAUCAGGAAUUUGAUUAAUUAAAAAUUUUUUAUUUAAAAUUAUUUUCCAAAUAUACAUUUAAAAACAUGAAUAUUUUGAAUAUGAUUUUACAAAUAUUUUAUUUCAUCUUUAAAUCUGCAGUUUUUUUUUAUUUUAUUAAUUAUUUUCCUUGGAAAUUUUUUUUCUUAUCUGCUUAGACAAAGUAUAAUACCUGCACAAUAUAGCAGAUCCAAAAUCCACUCCAUAUUGAUCAGGAAUCUGAAGAGGUUAAAGCCCUGAUACACUUGGUGAGUACCUGCUAUGAAGUUGAAAUUUUACAAACUUGCUGCUGGGUCUUGGUAGUAAGAUCCAGAGGUUUGGAUCUUUUCAACUUUUCAACCUUUUUAACUCCUUUCAUGAAAGUUGAAAAUAACAAUUUAAUGCAUAAGUUCAUGAUGAGAUGAAAAUGAGAUACUCCAUUAUCCGGAAGUGGAGGAGAUGGGGUUGGAAGAAUGCCUUUUGAAGAGAACAACUAUGGGAUACACAAUGUUUUUGCUGUCACACAUAAGAGAAUCUAUCCCCAACCUUGGGACUGUCUGUCAAGCAAGUGAUGCAGCAUGACUGAAUACUGUAAAGGCCUCUCUCUAUAACCAUUGCUUUCAAGGCAACAUUCAAUGGUUGGGGGUGCCAUUAAUGUAUGGCUGCCAUUUUGGGGCAAGUAUAUUCCAAGUCCUUGCUAGCAAGGAUUUAUUUAAUGUAACCCCACACUUGCCAAUUUGUUAGCAUGAAUCUGCCAAGUGUAUCUGGGCCUUUAGUUUUGUAUGACUCUUUCUGCCACAGAUUCUUUUGAUGUAAUCUGUUUUGAAAAUGAUCUAUCAAGUGCUCAGCCUAGAAGUUUUUCUGAUCUGUGAUUUCCAAGGUAUUUAUAUUGCAAUGAAUGGUGCAAAUACUUUGGCACAAUAAAAAGUUGUCUUCCAUUAUUAA